AUGAAUGAAAGUGGGCUUCCCUUUAAACGACCGGUGGGGAUACAACUGGCGACAGGUAUAUCGGGACCCAGUGUCUUUAAAUCGUCAGAACACAUCCACAAUUAUAAUCCAGAUGAAAGUUGGCUCAAAGCAACAUCUUCCGCAAUCCCUGAAUCAUUUAUGAGUUUUAAUAUUGUCUCCAGUGAUAUUUUGGUUCCUGAUGAAUCAGUGUCUUCGCUACAGACUACUAACGUAUUACCACACUUGCAUGCACCUGUUGGUAGACGUUUAAUCUCUGAAACUAGUGGAUUAACAGAUACAUUUAUUGACAGUAACAUAUCCGAAUAUGACUUAUUAGAUGAUGAAGUUGACACUCCGGACGAUGAACAUGUAAGAGAUUCAUUAUUAUCUAAAUUGCAUUGGGGUCGUCUUACACCAUCCCUAUCUAGCACUGGAAGCUUCCAAAUAUAUAAUGAUAUCAAAGAUAUGAAUACUAAUAGAAUGUAUUUAUCACCUGCAACAAGUCCGAUUUCAUUCCACCAUGAUUAUCUCCCUAGAGAAGUAGUUAAGAGUCUUAGUAAGAGUGAUUCUUCAAUAAGCUUACCAUCAAAACAAGACACGAAAAAUCCCCACAGGAACAAACUAAUAGAUCCAACAAUUAGAGAUACGUUCAUAAUUGGAAAAGUUCAAACUUCAUUUGACAUAAGAAACUAUAUAGAUUAUCAUGAAUUAAUUGCGUACAGUACAGGGAAAACAAAUUCUAUUUUGCGAUUGUCGAUUUAUAAACCUCAAGAUACGAACAACGUCAUCAGUAGCGAAUCUAACUUUACAGAGAUUGAUCUCCGUAGUAAAAUCAAAAGCAUUAAGAUUCCCAUUUUGUCUAAAGCGUAUGCCCGUUUUUCAGACAUCAUUGCUGUGAUAACAAACAGAUCAUUAGUUCUAAUAAAGAUUAAAAGUAUAGAUUGUAACAGAGACUACAGGAUAAAAUAUCAAGUAUUAGAACCUCUAGAUUUUACGUCAUUGGGUGAUUAUCCUUGGGCAGAUGUAACAUUCAAUCCAAUGGACCCCCAACAAUUCGCCGUGGUUGAUAUUAAGGGAAAUUAUGCUACAGGUACGAUUCCAUCACCUCUCCAUAAAACCACCAAAUUGAGUUUAAAUCACAAAAUGAGAGGGACCAUUUAUGACCCCGAAUCUCUUUCCUCGCGAAAACAUAUAUCUUGGUCUUCAAAGGAUUCACAGAUAUUAUUAAUGGACGAAUCUAAAUUGGUAGAGAUUGAUAUUGUUGAGAAAUAUCAAUUAGAGAUGGUCCAAGCUAAAAGCUGGUCCCAGAUACUUGAUUUUUCUGAGAUCGAUGAGGACUAUAGAAUCAUGUUAACAUCGAUGGAAAUCAUAGUGCUGAGGACGAGUAGGGACCUUGAUCAGACAACAAGAGUAAUAUCAUGGAAACAUUACCUCAAUUCCAAAGACAGAACUUACAGACUGUUUGUGCAGUCUGUCACUUUACAAGACAAGCAAUUAUAUUUGACAUAUGUCGCAUCGAAAAAUCACAAUAAGGUUUAUUUACACGGCUUUACAUUAAACAGAAAUGAUAAUACGGUCCAGACUAUAAAAAGUUCCACUAUACUGGAUAUUCCCGGAUUGCCGAAUGGCAUACAGACCUUACAAUUCGUAGAAGAAUCAUUUGAAAACGAUCUGGAGGAUAAUGGUUUGAAAUUGAAUGUAUUCACUAGAGAAGUCGAUACCGUAUCAAUAAUACACUUAACUGAAAGUAAUGCUCCCAGAGCAUUUCAAAAUGAGAGAGACGAAUUGCUUCUUUCAUCAGAAACUAUUAAUAAUUCGACGGAUAUAUAUCCUGAGAUCAAGUUUAUUACUACAAAUAUUACCAAGAGCAUGAUAGCCAAUCAAAGAGCUAGCCAAAACUCCAGUGAAUCAAACGAUGUCCAGAAGUUGGAAAGUUGUGGUGUCAAUCUUUCAGAGGCAUUGAAUAAGUACGUCACAGGGAAUGAGGUAGAAAAUAAAAGUGCACCUUCACUAUUAUCAGAACUUAUUGACAUUCCAACGAAUAUUGAUGAUAUGGAGGAAUUCUCAUCAUUUUUGUCUCAAUUUUUUGAACAUUAUAAAGAAGAAGAUAUCGAGUUCACUGACCUAACUAAACUAUUCCAUUACAUAAUAAAUGACAACACAAAAGAUGUUGAUAUGUUUUACAACAAACUACUACAAUACUGGAGUAUCUUAGGACGAGAGGCUGUAUUUUUUACAAAGGAACUUGUUAACGAAUUGAUAUGGGGCACGUUAAAAUAUUCCAAAGGUAACUCUGCGAAAACUCAAUGCACAUCUACAUACAAGACAUUAAACAGUUCUUCUAAGGAUAUUAUUGAUGAAUGGGAUAAUAGCGACAUGACGGAUAGCCUUUCUGACACCAAGUCUACCGUCCCAUUUAGCAGCCAACCGCAAUUCACUUUAAAUUCACAGUCCCAAAUACCAACAAUUAGAUCAUCGCAAAAUAAAAUAACUAAACGGAACUCCAACAGAGCUGGAUCAUCAAGAAGGGCUACAAGGGCCGCUAGUCAUAUCGAAAAUUCACAACUCGAUUCAGUGUUCCAUAACACCUUACCUUCAUCGAUGGCUCCCGCAUUUACACUAAUGGGCAGUUCUGUUCCAUCCACACAGUCUUCACAGCUCUCAAAUGUAGUAUCUUCACAAAUCAGUGGAUCACAAAGAUCUAAAAAGAAGAAGAAAAAGGUUGGAGGGUUUAAUUAA